CGGGUCAUCAGUUCGAACCUAGAAAAGUUUUUUCUUUCCCGUUUUACCCCUCAAGCGAGAACCCUUUUCAUCUCCAACGCGAGCUUCGAUUCCUUGCCCUCCUUCUCCGGCGAUGGCGGAGCACCAAGAAGAGCUUCUCGAUGUUCUCACGAAGACCGGCGAGAAGACCGGCGAGAACAAGCCCAGGAGUCUCGUCCAUAGAGAUGGAGACUACCAUCGGGCUGUGCAUGUGUGGAUCUACGCGGAGAGCACAGGGGAGCUCCUCCUUCAGCGACGUGCUGAUUGCAAGGACUCGUGGCCGGGGCUAUGGGAUAUCUCGAGUGCUGGCCAUAUCUCUUCUGGUGAUUCCUCCCUCCUCACUGCCAGGAGGGAGCUUGCUGAAGAACUAGGGAUUCACCUUCCAAAUAAUGCAUUUGAGUUGAUAUUUUGUUUUUCUCCAAGAGUGGUUGUGCCAUAAAUGACGGGAAAGUAUAUCAACAAUGAGUAUAAUGAUGUAUAUCUUGUCACAACUUUGGCCCCUAUUCCUAUGGAAGCCUUUACUCUUCAGGAAACGGAAGUUUCUUCUGUCAAGUAUACGCCUUGGAAUGAGUAUAAAAUCCAUCUGGCAAAUGAUGAUGUAGAUUAUGUCCCUUAUGAUGUACAUGGAGAGUAUGGGCAACUUUUUAAUAUUAUUGAGAGCAGGUACAAGGAAAACUUGGAGACUCGCAUUCUAAGUUUGGAGAAACAACUUAGUCGAUACACUCCGAUACAUUUGAAUCCUGAGUUGGGUGAGCUUUCAGAAGCAGAAAAAGAAGCCUUAGCCUACAUCAUCAAAGCAUCAAUGGUUAUUGAUGAUAUUUUCUAUGAGCAGGUCUGGUACGGCAAUCCUCUUGUCCGAGAUUGGCUAAAAGAAUAUUCUAAUUCUUCGAAGUUUGAUAAGUUGAAAUGGAUGUACUAUUCCAUAAAUAAGAGCCCAUGGUCAUCCCUUGAUGAAAACAAGGCAUUUUUGACAACUGCUGAUUCUGCUGUCAGAUUGCUUGCUGACGCCACCAGACCAGUUUUGGGUUGGAAAGGACUUGAAUAUAGAAUUGCAUUUCCAGUUCUGAAACCCCCUGGUGCAAGUUUCUACCCUCCAGAUAUGGACAAAAUGGAGUUCCAGUUGUGGAAGAGUAGCCUAAGCGUCAGUGAACAAGAAGCAGCCAUUGGAUUUUUCAGUGUGAUAAGGAGGCACUGUGACACCGAUGUGAAUAAUUCUUCAUUGGGUUCGAACCAUCAGUCGAAUUCCAGUGACCUAUUUAUUGUUCCAUACUCUCAAGAAUAUAGAUUUUUUCUCACUAAAGCAGCUGAGCUACUUCAUAAGGCAGCAGCAAUGACUCAAUCAUCAAGCCUGAAGAAGUUGCUGCAAACCAAGGCAGAUGCAUUUUUGUCAAAUGACUAUUAUGACUCUGAUAUAGCAUGGAUGGAGCUGGAUUCAAAAUUGGAUGUUACUAUUGGCCCGUAUGAGACAUAUGAAGAUUCACUUUUUGGAUACAAGGCUACAUUUGAGGCAUUCAUUGGGAUACGAGAUGAUAUAUCAACAGCCAAAGUGAAACUCUUUGGUGAUCAUUUAAAGGAUUUAGAGCAAAAUCUCCCAUUUGAUGAUAUCUACAAAUCUAAAGAUGUAUGUGCUGCUCCUAUCCGUGUCAUUCAGCUCAUUUACAAUGCAGGGGAUGUGAAAGGUCCUCAAACUGUGGCUUUUAAUUUGCCAAAUGAUGAGCGAAUAGUUAAUGAGCAUGGAACAUCAAUGGUCUUGCUGAAGAAUAUCUCUGAAGCCAAGUUUCAGCAUAUUCUUCGACCUAUAGCUGAUAUAUGCAUUAAAGAAGAGCAAAGAGAAUUUAUUGAUUUUGAAUCUUUCUUCACACACACUAUCUGCCAUGAAUGCUGUCAUGGGAUUGGGCCUCAUACUAUAAUCCUUCCAAGCGGGCGACAAUCAACAGUUAGACUGGAACUUGAAGAACUCCACUCAGCCUUAGAAGAAGCAAAAGCAGACAUUGUUGGCUUAUGGGCAUUAAGAUUUCUUAUUAAACAGGGGUUACUUCCAGCAAGUUUGUUGAAAUCUAUGUACGUCUCUUUCUUAGCGGGAUGCUUUCGCUCUAUACGCUUUGGAUUAGAAGAAUCUCAUGGAAAGGGGCAAGCAUUGCAGUUUAAUUGGUUAUAUGAAAAAGGAGCAUUCCUUUUGCAUUCGGAUGGAACAUUUUCUGUUGAUUUUGGGAAGGUUGAAGGAGCUGUCGAAAGCCUCAGUAGGGAGAUAUUGACAAUACAGGCUAAAGGUGACAAGGCUGCUGCAAAAUCACUUCUUCUCGAAUAUGCGAAACUGACAACACCGUUGGAUGCUUCUUUGAAAAAACUUGAAAGUAUUCAGGUUCCUGUCGAUAUAACGCCAAUAUUCGGUGUGGUAGAGAAAGUGUUCGGCAAGUGAUGAUGGCACAUUAUUAACAGCCAGUGUUUAUGUCAGGCCCAGAUGUUCCUGAACUCAAAUAAAACAGAGAUGAAGAUUGCCCCAUUGUUGUUUUUGUUUUAUGGACAAAUAAAGUGUUGAACAAAGUACCACAGAUACUAUCAAAAUGGAUGUUAAUGUCUCUCUGAAUUUGUGAUAUUAUGCAAGGAGGGAUCAGGGAUGUAAGCAAAACCUAAGUUUAGUUCCUGACUUUAAUGUAGCUUAUUUACAAAAGUCA